AAAUAAAGAGCGGAGAAAUCAUAAAUACAUAGAUAUAGAGAGAGAGUGUGUGUGUAUUAUAAAGUCAAUAGAGGAAUAGAAGGGGAGAAAAUCAAUGAGGUCAUCAUCAGACAGAAGUAAAGCUGGAGGUAAUACCCAAAAGACAGAGGGUGAGGAGCAAAAUGGAGAAAAGUUGGAGGGGUUUUGUGUUUGGUUGAUGAAGGGAAUGAUGAAGAAAUGUGAAUGUGAGAAGAGAAAGAUGGUUCACAGCAUGAAGGUGGGGGUGGCCUUGGUGCUGGUCUCCCUUCUGUAUGUGCUGGACCCUCUCUUCCAUCAAGUGGGACAAAAUGUCAUGUGGGCUAUCAUGACUGUUGUUGUCGUUUUCGAGUUCUACGCAGGUGCUACAAUUAGCAAGGGGAUAAACCGAGGGAUUGGUACCACACUUGGGGGAUUAUUAGGAUGCUUGGCGGCGCUCUUAGCUGAUACACUUGGAGGCUUGCAAAGUACUUUUGUGGUUGCUAUUUCCAUUUUUACCGUAGGUGUAGGUGCAACAUACAUAAGAAUGCUACCAAAAGUCAAGAGAAAGUUUGACUAUGGAGUGUUGAUAUUCAUCUUGACAUUCAACUUGGUGGUGGUGUCGGGAGUGCGAGCGGAUAAAGUGAUGAUAUUAGCCCGAGAGCGGCUGUCCAACAUCGGAAUGGGCUUCGCCGUCUGCGUCUUCAUAAGCCUGUUCGUCUUCCCCCAAUGGGCUAGCGACCAACUUCAUUCCUCCACUGCUUCUAUGUUCCAUCAAAUUGCUUCUUCUCUUGAAGGGUGCUUGGAGGAGUACUUCGCAAUUUUAGGGGAGAAGAAAAGCAGCCCAAGUCCAGAUGUCAAUCGUUGCAAAUGUGUCUUGUAUUCCAAGUCCAACAACGAAACUUUGGCAAAUUUUGCAAAAUGGGAACCAUGGCACGGGAAAUUUGGGUUCUCUUAUCCAUGGGGCAAGUAUUUGGAAAUUGGAGAGGCACUCAGAGAACUCGCUGCAAUAGUAGUUUCACUAAAUGACUGCAUUCACUCGACUGCACAGCCAUUGGCAAUUCAACGAGAAAUGAUCAAAGAGCCAACAAAAAUAGUGGGCGUAUCGCUGCUGUG